CUCGGAUACAACUACACAGUCGGUGAAAUGCCGCACGUGCCUGUCUCGUGGGAGGCACGCGUAUCUCACCCCCAGCUGCAGGUGAUUUCGGUUGUUAAACGAACCGGGUUCGUCAAACUGGCGCCAUUUCGGACACCAGCUUGCAGGCCCUUUACCGCGACUUCACGCCUCUGCCUCGCGUCCCUUCUCUGCUCCUUGUCGCCUCGGAGUGACAGGAAUCGACAUCUCGCCCGCGACCAACAUGGUGCCGGACCCCAAUGGAGUCUUCCACCAGCAAAUCUCUAGUCCCGAUCAAGAGGGAACUGGUGCCUAUUGAACCAAAGCCUGUCGUCCCUCCGCCGGACAAGCCUCAGGAGGGAUCGAGCAAGGAGGAGAAAUCUGAACCCAAACCCUUCAAGGACCUGACGCGCGAGGAGAAGCUGCUGGCCAUCGUGCGCCACAGCGUCCGACCGUUUUCAGACCGGCUGGAUCCCUUUGCUGCGUUGCCGGUGAAUCUCGACCGCUUCCAGGAGCACCUCAUCAGCUUCUACCUGCUCUACUACCCCAAAGCGACGUAUGGAUUCAGCCCACGGCUCCGUCCCCACCCGGUCGCCAGCAACUUCUCCAUCGCCCUGACCACUCCGGCGUGUUUUCAGGUCAUCAUGGCACGAUCGGCUCUCUACCGGAUAUCGCUGAACAAAUACGCCACCGACACGGAGAAACGGUCUCUCGAGCUCGCCGUGGUGCGGCACAAGGGCGAGGCCCUGAAAAUGGUCCGUCAGUUGAGUAGCCGGGCGAACCCCAACCGCAAGGACGACCUCCUGGCGUCCAUCAUCAGCCUGGGGACGUUUGAUCGACGGUCAGGGUCUCAGGAAGCAGCGGGCAUGCAUUACCAGGCGGUGCGAAAGAUCUUGAAGACCACUGGCGGUCCUCUCGCGGUCAACUCGGUGCUCCUGUCGCGCGUCAUGUGUUUUUUCGAGUGCAUCUACGGGACGAGCCCGGAAAGCUACAUCUGGGACAACUCGGAUCUCAAGCGGCUCGUGCGCAGCCUGAACGGCUUCCUGGAGAAGCUGUGGGAGUUCUGGCAGUCGCUGUCGACCAUCAGCGCCCUGACCGCGCCCAGUCCUCGAGAAGCUGACCCCGAGGCCGGUGAGAGACGGAUACACUCCUUCGACCUCCAGGAGGGGUCGACAUUGCUUGGGCUGGUGUCCAGGCAGCCCCCGCCAGGUGCCGAACUCACGCAACCACGACGACUCGAGCUCAUCUUCCAGCUCACUUGCCUCCUGACCCUGGCCAUGGUCACCGUGGACCUGGCCAGCGAUUUCCGGUCAUUGCAGACGUACAUGGACAACCUGCACCAGUCCAUCGAAGAUCUUCGGCUCGCAGGGCAAAGCUGCAACAACGCCAUGUGGCAGAUUCAAGUCAACGACCACAGCGAGACUCACAGCCGGCGGAUAUGGCGGGCCGCGAGUUAUGCGUGGGUGAUGAAGCAUUGCUCGUACAAUGUGCAGAAGUCGCUGAAGGAAUGGCUGUUGGCAUUUUUCACCGGCAAGCCAGUCGAGCCGCCGUACCACCUGGCAUCAUUCCAUUUCAGCUACGCGACUUGAAUGACUCGACCCUCGGGCGUGCUUGGACCCAUUUCAGGGACCGAAACAGGUGGGAGAUUUAUCUGAGACGAGGCUUCAGGGGGUCUGCCGGGAAACCCGUACGAGUAAGACUCGGGGAAUAUCUCGUAGCUAUCGAUAGCCACAGAUACGCCAAUCGCGGGAAAAUCGAUAAUGGAGCGGGCAUUCUGUCAACCGUGGGUGUAACCCUUGCAUUUGGAAAGGGCUGCGAGCAGGAAUGUGCAAAACAAGACCGACGGCGGCGACGGCGCAGCUGGUGGCAGGCUUCCAAUUAAAGGCGCCCCUAACGGAACUGGGCUAGAUCUCUCGAGAUUUGCUCCUAGGCGUGCCGGUUCGGUGGCUAGGGGCAUGGUGGGCACCUGGAGAACCAACUAGGGGCUGCCGAUGCGAGCGACACCCGACCCUGUUGGGCGGGUGCCUACAAGUAGUACAAGCCGCAACACGGUAACACGGUCAGCCACGUCCGCCGCGCGUUACUGUUCUGG